GGCCCUCUCCCCCAAACCAUGAUCUGCAGACCGGCUCUGUCGAGGGGCAGCCAGCUGGCUCUCCGCCGCCAGGGAGCUGCGAAGCUUGCGCAGCGCGGAUUUGCGGCUGCUGCUUCGCCCAAGCCAUCUUACGAGCCGACCACCAUCGCCGGCGUCAAGGUUGCCUCCCGCGACGACAAUGGCCCGACCACCCGCCUCGCCGUCGUCGCCAAGGCCGGCACCCGCUACGAGCCUCUCCCAGGCCUGACGGUCGGAUUGGAGGAGUUUGCCUUCAAGAACACCCAAAAACGCUCCGCCCUUCGCAUCACCCGCGAGGUUGAGCUGCUCGGCGGCCAAUUGAACGCGUAUCACACCCGGGAAGCCCUUGUUCUCCAGGCCAACUUCCUCCGCGACGACCUUCCCUACUUCACCGAACUCCUCGCAGAGGUGCUCUCGCAGACACGGUAUACUACUCACGAGUACCACGAGGAGGUCGUCAACGUCAUCCACCAGAAGCAGGCCAAGCUCGACGCGGCCGCCAUCGCCCUCGAUGCUGCCCACUCAGUUGCCUUCCAUACCGGCCUCGGUGCCCCUCUCUACCCGACUCCUAGCACCCCCAUCUCUUCCUACCUGAACGAGAACUCGGUGGCUGCUUUCGCUGAGGCUGCCUUCACCAAGGGCAACAUUGCCGUGGUCGCUGACGGCGCCAGCGAUGCCGGCCUCUCCAAGUGGAUCGAGCCCUUCUUCAAGGCGGUGCCCGCGCAGUCCUCGUCCUCGCUCUCCAACGCCGCCUCCAAGUACUACGGCGGUGAGCAGCGGAUCGCCAGGCCCGGCCGCAACGCGAUGGUGCUUGCCUUCCCCGGUGCUGCUCUCAGCUCCAGCCAGCCCGAGACUGCCGUUCUCGUCGGGCUUCUCGGCGGCGAGUCCAACAUCAAGUGGUCGCCCGGCUUCUCGCUCCUGUCCAAGGCUGCCACUGCCGCUCCAGGCUCGACUGUCAAGGCCACCAACUUUGCCUACUCUGAUGCCGGCCUCCUGACCAUCCAGAUCAACGGCCCGGCCGCUGCGGUUCGCAAGGCCGCUGAGGAGUCGGUCAAGGCUCUCAAGAGCGUUGCCGAGGGUGGUGUCUCGCAGGAGAACCUGGUCAAGGCCAUCGCCAAGGCCAAGUUCAACCUGCUCUCGGGCGGCGAGGUCGUUGGUACUGGUCUCUUGCACGCCGGCACCGACCUGAUCCACGGUUUUAGCCAGCCGCUGAAGGUUGCCGAGACGGUAAAGGCCCUGGAGGCCGUGACUACUGAUAAGCUCAAGGCUGCGGCCAAGACACUACUAGAGGGCAAGGCAUCGGUGGCGGCGGUGGGCGAUCUGCACGUCUUGCCGUUCGCCGAGGACCUUGGGCUCAAGAAACGGAUCCCGAUCCAGCAAGACAGCGCAACCAGCCAACCAGCCAAACUCGCCAAAAUGACGUUCGCGUGGAAAGCCGCUGGCAUUACCUACAACCGCUACCUCGCGGUCGCCGCCCGCGCUCUGCGCCGCAGCUUGAAGGAGGAUAAGAGACUCGCGGCUGAGCGCCGAGGCCAGCAGGAGCUGAGAUUUGCAAAGUGGACGAACGGCAAGCAGGGCGAGCUGAGAAACCUGGCCGAUGCUAAUGCUCAGGCGGCCGUCGAGAGCGCUGCGACCGGUGGUACCGCUUAA